UGCCUUGUCAAGCCUCAGCAAUCCCAAGCGGAAGAUCUACAGAUUCAGCAAUGGCAUACGCUACAGAGCAUCUGUCUGAUAACGCUGCUGCUUCCAAUCUCAUUCGGAUACGGAACGCGAACCAGUUGGAGAGCUUCCCUGUGGAUGGUUCUUUCGAUGUGCGAGGGAGGGUGGCACCAAAAGCCAAGAGCUUUGCCAUCAGCCUGGGCACAGAUGCCUCAAACUUGUAUAUUUGCUUUAAGGCUGACUUAACUAAAGGGAUUAUUAAGUGCCAUUACAAGGAAGAUGGAAAGUGUGGUCAGGAGGUGACUGGUCGUUCAUGCCCUUUCCAUGAGGGACAAGAAGUCAAGAUCACUUUCCUCUUUGAGGCGACAGACAGUGGCUCCAUUGUUACUGUGAACUUGCCAGACCACACUCAUUUUCGAUUCAGCAACCCAGUAAGACUGAACAUUAACAAAUACGUGAAAGUGGAUGGAGACUUCCGGCACUACCCUGACCUCUCGAAAUGA